AUGCUAUCCAGAGCAACUAGGGUAAAGUGUCUUGCUCAAAGACAGCCACGCCAGCACAGACCGGCCUGGAUUCUCAGCUUCCCGAGAAACACAAACCACGGUAGAGAGCUUCGAACCACGCACCUCAGACCCCCACCUCGGACACCCACCUCGGAACACGCACCUUGGACCACCACCUUGGACACCUUGGACUACCACCUCGGACCACCACCUCUGACCACGCAUCACGGACCCCCACCUCGGAUCACCACCUCGGACCACCACCUCGGACCACUCACCUCGGACCACCACCUCGGACCACUCACCUCGGACCACCACCUCGGACCACAACCUCGGACCACCACCUCGGACCACAACCUCGGACACCACCUCAGACCGCGCACCUCAGACACCUUGGACCACCACCUAGGACACCUUGGACGACCACCUCGGACCACGCACCACGGACCCCCACCUCGGACCUCCACCUCGGACCACCACCUCGGACCACUCACCUCGGACCCCCACCUCGGACCAGCACCUCGGACCACCACCUCGGACCACAACCUCGGACACCACCUCAGACCGCGCACCUCAGACACCUUGGACCACCACCUAGGACACCUUGGACUACCACCUCGGACGACCACCUCGGACCACGCACCUCGGACCCCCACCUCGGACCACCACCUCUGA